CUUUAAGCGGGUCCUCUGUGGUAUCUGCGCUUGUGUGCUCAGCCUAGGGUUUAUUCCCUUAAAGGCUCAACCUUUCUAGGAUUAUUCGGCUCUCUCUCUCUCCAAAGCCAUGGCGAAGAACAGGAACAAGAAGAGAAACGAUGCCGCUUCAAUGGACAUCACUGAAGCGCCCGUUUCAGAUUUGCCGCAAGCAAUGGACACCUCAGAGUCUGGGGCUCACAACCCAAGUGGUGGUGCUUCUAGUUUAAAGAUAAAGGGAAGGCAAAUGAAGAGAUCAAAAAAUGCCCGAAAGAAAAAAGCCAUAGUAAGAGCCAUAUCGAAAAAAGAGCAGGCUGUUGAAAAAACUAAGAAGCAUGAAAGCAAAACCUUGAGAACCCAAUCUGCAAAGCUGCUAUAUGAUUGAGGAUUCUCGUUGGCUAUACUUGUAAAAGGAAAAGCCAUACUUUUUUGUGAUUCUUGUAUCAGUUUCAUUAUAAGUUUCAUACAAACUUGUCCAUGUAUUUUUUAGUCAGCAAUUAGAUAGCAAGCCAGGAAUGUAUAAUGUUGGUAAUGGCGUUUGUUGUUUGUUGCACUCAAGUACUUGCUUUGAAUCCCACAUAGUAUAUAUUUAUGUAGGUGAAGCAAUUAACUAAA